AUGACGAGAAUCUCGAUCAUGCCUCACGUUCAUAAGGAUAUGAGCCAUCCUCUGAUGAAGACGUCUUAUGAUCAUGAAUGUUUCCCCCCUCGGAAGUUUGAAGUCAGGGAGUUUUUCUGCGGCUGGGGCGCCGCCUUCAUCAAUAUCACCGUCACCUUUCCCUUGAAUAAAGUCAUGUUCCGACAGUGCGAACAUUACAUCGGCAUGCGUGGACUCUCCAUAUCCGCGUCAGGACAGGGAGGGGUUGUUGGAUACCGAUGUCCAGGUUCAUCGUCGCCUGAUCGUCGACACGAUGAAAUCGUGUAUCGGAACGCUGGGCUCACCCAUACUGGUGUAGGGAAGCCACGUAUACCGAUUUAA